UAUGAUCAACGAUUAUGUCAAUCAAUGAUGCCGAGUCUCAUCUGUCAACUGAACGUCUUCGGAACCUAGGUCCGAAAGCAUCUCAUUGUGCACAAAAAUCAACUUGAGUUGACCUCCACAAUAUUUGUAGACCCUAACUUCAUGAAAGAGGAAAUAGCUGAUCUUAUUUCUAAGAUAGUACAGAAAUAGGAACAUAGAUGUAAGGCUCAUACUUGUCUUCUCCGAACGAAUCAAAAGUAGUCUUUCACAGCAUCGGAGAAAAUACCAUUUCGACUACAACCGUCAAGCGCUGGCCAUCCAAAAUCGGAAGGUUCGCAAUUCGUUGAACGCCUGGCAGUGGGCUUUCAACAGGUUUGACAGUCUUGGGGAGUGCUCCAGCAGCCGGUAGCCACUGGAAGCAGACGUCCUACACAAGACGAAUGCAGGUGGUCGUCCCUGUCCAUGUCGAUGUUUUUGCAUAGUAAUUUUUUUUAUUGUAGAGCUUGGGUGGAGAAGCCUCAGGGGUGGGCGUCGCUGACGCGCCUGAUGCAAAAAGGUUCCGAAUCUGUCUACGAGGAUCCCUUCCCGUCAUUACAAGGCGCGAGACAGCAGAGUGAGGACGUGGGGAAGCACGGCGUGCAAGGUUGAAAACGCCGUCUGUGAGUGUGGUCAGCAAGGGGCUACCCACUAGAGGAGGAGCGAGUGAGACGAGUUUGAGCCAGGAGGACGUAGCGGUUGCUAGAUUGCGCGAGCAAUAUGACUGGGCGGAUGAUUUGUUGCUACGGGACGUGCUGCAGGCCGUGGACGGGGACGAGGCCAUGGCCAGUGGGCAGCUGGAUGCUAUGGCCGGACUGAAGUCGGCUCCAGUUGAAAGGGAAGGUGGCAAAGAUGGUUCAACUGGUGAUGGAUUGCGUCCUGCUGAGGCAAUGGAGUGCGAGGAGAACGAUGUGUAUUUGAAGUUUCGGAGAGAGGCAUUGCGGCUGAGCCGGGCUCGGGGAAAGUAUGCUAGGAAUGCGCAUAAUGCCUACAUGGCUGGGGAUCACGCUGAUGCGAAGCUGUUCUCUCGAGAAGCGCACGAAAACUGGAAAACUGCGGAGCUGGGGCAUGCGCAAGCUGCGGAGGAAAUUCUUUAUUCCAGGAAUGCGGUAGGUGGAACGGCCAGUAUCUGGUCGAUUGAUCUUCACGGUUUACACGCAACAGAAGCAGUUAUGGCUCUACAAGAACGGCUUACUCAUCUUGAGAAAGAGUUGGCAAAGGACCGAGCUUUUAUUUACAGAUCACAGCGGGUGCCAGGCCCACCCUUAGAAGUGAAAGGACAAGGGUCAGGUGUCAAGGAGCUAAAUAGCAAGGAGGAACAUUCGUCACCAUUAGCGGCUUCACGAGCCGUUGUGAAAAACGAGCUCUCCGUCAUAACAGGUGUUGGGCGGCACAGUAAGGGUGGUCCUUCUCUCCCAUUGGCGGUCAGGAACUUCCUUCUCAGCCAUGGGUACAAAUUCACCGAACCUGGGGUUGGUGUAGUGUCCGUAUCUCCAAAGCGGCACUACGCUCCAGUUAGCUAGGAGCUACUGCAAUAGUGUACAGUUUCCUUCUCAGUUAUACCAAUUGGUCUUCUCUAUUACCCUCUUAGAUUUGAUUUGAUCAUGGUUUGCCUCAUGACCUGCUCAGCAAUGUUGCUGUUAGUAAUAGGUUGUUCACAGGCACAGAAUGUGCACUUGGCAAUUGCCUCCUCAAAAUCUUAUUAUCGAACGUCAUUCACAUUCACAGCCAGGGGAGUAGUAACCGCCUAGUUCAGCGUACUCAUUGUCUUUGUAUUCUAAUUACAGUAAGGCCUUAUUCAGGUUACUUAGCACUUUUCUUAACACUAGCAAAAGGAUGGACCGGGGUUCAGGGUACAAAGCCAUUAAAACCCUGUUUGCAAGUCUGAGGAUGUAUCAAAGCCAUCUAUUUUUCAAGGUGACAAUGUUUUUUAACAUUGCUGGUGGAAGAGAUUCGUCAA